GCCACUACGAAGACAAGGCAAGUACAAUGCUAACAUAGACUGGUGCGCGCAAACACGCACCCUGUCCCUGUAUCUCCCUCCUUCACACUCUCGCCCUCAUCCGCGCCAUGGCACACCCGACUUGCAUCUCCUCUUUGAUCUAUCAUGCCGUGUUCGUGGCACUCUACCCGCUGCCUAACUUCACCUUUGCUGGUCCUCCGACACGCGCCUUCGCUCUCACCGAAACAUGCCGUGCACCCGGCAGCGCCCAUUCUGUCUACCACUGCCCAUUCUCCCUUUCCUCUGCGCACAGCCGAAAUUCUGCAUCUGCACGCCCGCCCGGUCUCGUCUUCUCCAUGCGUGCCCUCUCGCACACCGCACCCGCUCUACUUCACUCGCUCUGAGCAUGCGCACUUGGCCUUGUGCGGGACCCGCCGCGCCGGCGCCCGCCCGCCUCUCGUUCACCUCGCUAACGCAUCCUGCACCGCCAAACCCGCCGACUGCCGCCUCUCCGACCUCACGCAGCGUCGCAUGUUUCGCACUCUUGUCCAGCGCCCCGGCCCCCGAACCGCCCUCCUGUGUGCGUAUAGCCACCCUGGCCCCGCGCUCGUCCGCCCCGCACUCACCUGCCCUGCGCGAGCCUACGCGCCGCCAUGGAUUCUACCAUCUGCCUCCCGCGGGCCGGCCACGCAUCUGGCAUCGUUAAUAUCUCGUCCUUCGACGCCCGCGCAGUCUCCCUCGCCCUGUUCACCCUCGCCCUCACCUUCUCCUGCACCAACUCGAACGACCAUCCACCCAUCUGCCUCAGUUCCAUCGCCCGCGCACGAGCACGUCUUGCGCGACCGCACGCGCCA